CACAAGCAUGUGGAAGACACUCCUGCUUACCGCGAUCCUCUUCGCCGAAGGUAACACGGAACCGUGUGUACCUUAUACCGUCGACAACACCCUGGUCGCAUGCGUUUGCAAUGCAACAUAUUGCGAUUAUACACUGAACGAUCAAUCACUCACCCUGCAAGAGAAUGAAUAUUAUUGGUACCAAACAAACAAGGCUGGACUCAGGUUGGAGCAGUCGGAAGGGACAUUCAAGGCGAAAUCCAAAAAAUCAUCUUCCAAAGUGAAUUUAGUCCUCGACAGGAAGAAGAAAUAUCAAACGAUUCUCGGUUUCGGUGGUGCUUUUACCGACUCCACCGGUAUGAACAUCAAUAAACUCAGCCGGGCCACGCAAGAUCAACUGAUGCGUACAUACUACGAUCCGAAAGUAGGAAGUAACUAUAACAUGGGCAGAUUCCCGAUCGCUGGUACCGAUUUCUCAAUCAGACCUUACUCGUACGACGAUGUCACCGACGAUAAGGCGCUGCGAUUCUGGUCUCUCCAGCCGGAGGAUCACAAAUAUAAAAUCCCAUACGCUAGACAAGCUCAAAAACUGAAUCCUACUACAAAAUUCUACGCCGCCGCAUGGUCAGCACCCGGUUGGAUGAAAACCUCCGGAGAAUACGCCAAAUUUGGGUUCCUGAAGAAAGAAUAUUAUCAGACGUUCGCCAAUUACUUGACUAAAUUUGCGUUAGCAUAUCAGAAACAUGGUCUCGAUAUAUGGGCCAUCACCACAGGCAACGAACCAACGAUCUCAACGCAAAUCAAAUCGCCGUAUGUAAUUUCUAUGGGUUGGACACCAGAAACUAUGGCCGAAUGGGUUGCUAACAACUUGGGGCCGACUUUGGCUGCAUCGAAGAGCAACCAGACAGUCAUCCUAGCUCUCGACGACGAUAGAUAUUUGUUACCAAAUUUCGUGAAACCUAUAUUAGGGCAGAAAUCGUCGUCAAAAUACACCAUCGGAACAGCCGUUCAUUGGUACUUCCCUUACGAAGCUCCAAUCACUGUACUAGAUGAAACUCACGAUCUGUUUCCAAAUAAAAUCAUACUCAUGACUGAGGCGUCGCAGGGCCCCACAUAUUGGGGAAGACCCACUAUGGCAUCAGAUAUGUGGGAUCUAGGAGCACGGUAUAUGUUAAGCAUAAUGCAGUAUUUGAACAAUUGGUCCGUCGGAUGGGUAGAUUGGAAUUUGGUUCUAGACAGAGAAGGUGGACCAACUUGGAUGGACAAUACCCUCAACGCACCUAUUGUCGUGAAUCCAGAGAAAGAUGAAUUUUACAAAUUACCUAUGUACUAUGGUAUCGCGCAUGUCAGUAAGUUCGUUGACAGAGGUUCUGUCAGAGUUUCUAUCGACGAUACGGACACUAUCAAGACUUCAGCGUUUACGACUCCUUCAAAGGAAGUUGUAAUUGUGCUUUACAACACAGAAUCAACUCCGAACUCCGUAACCAUAACGGAUGCAGAAAAGGGUUCGAUUGAGCUGAAAUUGUCUCCGCUUUCCAUGAAUACUGUGGUAUACAAGCAAUAAUUCCGUAUGUUUUAUAUAAUAUGCAUAAUCCAGUAUAAUUGUAUUACUCAAUGAAAAUAAACGUCUAUUACUCUU